GAGGCGGCCAAGGCGCUUCCGAAGGCGGACAUUCCAGCCCGUGCCUCCAUCUAUGGAUCGGGCGGCAUGGAGCAACAGACGACUUGUGGCUACGAAGCCGAGGAGACGUCAGGGUGGGCGCAGCGCCUCCGCAGGAUGAAGGAACAGGACACCAAUGGAGACCCAGAGCGAACCGCGGAGCAGGCACCAGACCUGCCCGACGUGGAGAUGGCUCAACAGCCCAUGGCUGAUCGCCCUCACGCGGACGAGGGGCCCCUGCCGAGGGUUCGCAGCAGGCCAGGAGCAGCAGCCAGCGCCAACGAAUCCGAGACGGCAAAGAAGGGGAAACAUUGCGCCCUCGCGGACAAAGUGGGCGUACACGGCUACUGGAAUGCCCUUGACUAUUGUCACGAACGCUUCAAGAAAGAAGGCAAGCCCGAUCCACGUCUCGAUCUGAACGUCAUGCCGCCGGGCGGGCCGAGACCUGAGUACAUCACCGCGCUGAAGUCGCUGGGUAAGAUCCUAGCAAAUAUCAUAAAACCGGAAGCAGCCCCUGCGUUUGCCAGGCUUGACUUCCCGCAAGCGUGCGCGGCACUCAGUAGCCUCAUGAAGGCUGCAGGAAUCCCUUCUCGCAUCUCAGGGAAAGCGAUCUGCCUAUACGCUGCCUAUGGCAUACCGUAUAAAACGUUGAAGAAGUGGGCCGGCAGGAUUGGGGCUGACUUGGGCGAGGGCGAUAGGAUGUUUAACGGCGUGGAACAUCUCAUCUCCUCAGACUCGACAGUGGCAUUUGUCAGCUCCAAAGGAAAGCCCGCGUUGAAUAGCACCCUCAAG